UUUAAGACCAUAAUACCCCUAUUGUUGAUAGAGAGGAAGGGAGAGAGGGGAGCGGCAGCCAGUGCUCGCCGGCGGCAGGCCAUGAGCAUGCGAGGGAGCGCGGUUGCGGGCUGCGAGCACGCGGGGGAGGGUUGCCAGCGGCGACGGGGGAGGACGAUGGUGGUGUCGACGCUGGGAUGAAGAUGGGUGACAAGGUGGACGGGGUGUUGCCCGCUCUAUCCUCCUCUGCCGUUGUCGUUGGAGGCGGCGAGCGCGCACACAUGCUGCAAGUUGCGAGCGCCGCCAUCCUCCUUCCACCGUCGAUGCCGCCCUACACGUCGUCGGCUCCUCCUUGUGAUGCGUCGUCUCCGCCGCUACCCACCUCCACCUCGUCGCCCAGUCGUCCUCCCCCUUCGGCGCCGCCACCCUCCUCCGCACAUCGCAGUCCGCCCCCGCGUGCUCGCCGCCCGCCACCGGCGAGCACUAGCUCAGCCUUCUCCCAGGCGCUCACAUUCCUCUCUGUCCAUAGCAGAGGUAUUCUGGUCUUAAAACUUUUUAAAGUGGCAAAAUAUCCUAAAAAUAACCUAUUAAGUGGCAUUUUAUCAUUGCCAUUCUAAUGGGUGAUAUUUCGUCGAAACCACACGAAAAGAGUGGCAUAGCAUAUUGUCCUUUUUCUCCCUCUCAACCAACCGUCAGUGCGUUCUUCCUACCGCUUGAAUUCUCGUCUCGCCGCGGCGAUUCCACGCUCCCCUCCAAGCCUUUCACCAUGUCUGCCACCUACGACCGCGAAGCCGAGCACCGCGCGCUCAACGCCACCUUGUCCGGAGUCCACGGCCUCGUCGCCUCGGGCGUCACCGCCGUCCCCAGCAUCUUCCGCGUCCCGGACCCCGAACCACCGCCGCCGCCGCCGAGCAGCAGCCAAGAAUCGCCGCCGCUUCCACCGUCCAUCCCGGUGGUUGACCUCGGUGGCACGGGCGGGGACAGGGAGGCAGUGGUCGUGACCAUCCGGCGCGCCGCGGUGGAGUGGGCAUUCCUCUAGGUGACGGGCCACGGCGUACCGGCGGAGGUGGCCGGCGCCGCGGGCGGCAGCGAGGGCAGCGACAAGGCGCGGCUCUACUCGCGUGACCCGGCGAGGGCCGCCAAGUACAACUGCAACUUCGACCUGUACCAGUCGCCGGCGGCCAACUGGCGCGACAUGCUCUACCUCCGUAUGGCACCCGACCCGCCGCCCGCCGGUGACCUGCCGGAAUACUGCCGGUGAGAGCCGCUCUUUUCUUUUCCUUUUUUCCCCCAUUCUUUUUAUUUUUUUAGUACCAGUAAAUCUGUGGCUGUAAAUAACGUUUGCUUUUUUGAAGAAUAGUAGAAGAGUUCCAUAUAUUUUGCAUAACUUUUACUACUCAAUUGUUCCACAAUUAGCCUGGACUGACUGGAAUCGCAAGAAUCCAAUGACCAUUACUACUAAAGCAUGUGUAUAUUGUUCAUCUGAAAAUGGGUACUCAAAAUUCCUGUUA